UAAAUGGCGUGAUACAGAGAAUUUGUGUGUGUGGUUGAGACGGUUUAGCUUAAAAUUGCCUAGCGUGUGAGCAAAGCUUAAUCAUCAUUUUUCAACUCCCAUUUACCGAAGGAAGAAACUUCUCCUUAAAAGCUCUCUAUCACAAGAAAUAAGCAGAAAUGGAGCCGGAGAGCAACAAGAGAGGAAGAGAGAGGCAAGAGGCCAUGGACUCGUCACAGAAGACAGCAAAAAAGCAACAUCUUAACAUUGACAUUGGUAAUAUCAACAAAGAACUGAGCAGCUAUGACCACGAGGACAACAGCGAAAUCUGUGAAUCCUCUGACAACCAUUUGGCUCUCGGAGUAUUCGAUUUCCCCUGGCUUAAAGAAGGUACCAUCUCCAAAUCAGAAGAGUGGUGUUUCGAAGACUCUUUUGAGUUUUCUCUCCACGACACUUGCACAACAGCUUCACUGGCUCAUGAGUUUUCUGGCCAAUAUUUGUGUGAAACUCCAGAGACAUUUGUGGAAUCCAUAGAUAUUCCAUUGUACAAGUUUGAGGAGAUUGUGUGGUCAUUGGAAAUGGAGAAUGCGGAUUGCGCCUGGGGCUCCAUGCUUAACCAGCCACUUACACAAGAUGGUGCCUAAUGUCACAAGCAAAUUUGCCCGUUACAUGUACACUAGGUCUCGUGGGGAUUUUAUCCAUCUCUUUAACAUUCGUUUGCCCUUUUCUCUUGCUGAUUGUCUACCUAUAUCUAGCUGCGUCACUGGCCUUUGCUUGUUGAAGACAAAAUUAGGAAUAAAGGAACAAGUUAGGAUCCUGUUCCAUUUUGGAAUUCUCACCUAAUUAAAUUCGGUUCCAUUUUAGUAUUUUUCCUUAUAUUCUGUUCAUUUUGUAUUUAAUAUAUAAAAUAUAUGGUGUAAUUCAUUUAUUUUAUAUGUAAGUUCUCUUCUAGAGAGGGCAGAACCAAUGUUUCA